AUGGCUUUUUGGGUGGGGGGAAAGGAGGGGUCACCAGAAUUCUCGUCAGACAAGUGCUAUUUCGGAGAAGCGGGCCUACGGCAGCAGAUAUACAAGCUUAAUCGUGGAUCAGUAGCUCGUCUUGCUACGGAAGAAGAGAUCAUGAAGUUCUCACACAGCAUUCAGUUUAACUCCGUUCCGGACUGGAGUGGUAGUUAUAUUGCAUACAGCAAUUUGAAGAAGCUAAUAUACACUCUUGAAAAACAAGUGAACCACCCCGAACAUGAAACUGGACAGCACGAAGCAGCUCCUCUUCUCGACAGGAGCCUCGACACUGAUGCCAUCUUCCGCCGUGCCCUGGAUGGAGAGCUGGAGAAGAUAUGUUCUUUCUACCGUGCCAAGGAGACAGACCUGUAUGAAGAGGUGGAGGAGAUAAGAAAGGAGCUAGAAUCUUUUGCCCAGGACAGCAUAGGGAUCAACAUGGAUCCCGUUGCCCAUUCUCUGGUCAAGUCACGGACGUUGAACCCUGGCGGCAGAAAUCGCCGGCGCAGCGAGACCUCACGCCAUGCCACACUUGCCCAUCAACGGUCGAGCACCAUCAGUGAACCUUCCGGGCCUGAGGGUGACGGAGACAGUGAUGAUUCAGAGGAUAACAUGGAUAUGGCGGAGUUUCCGCAGCGAAGGAUCAGGAGACAUUCGACUUCGUCCAGAGACUGGACCAGAGACCCACGGCCGCAUGGGGAAGACAUGAUGAACAGCGAGCUGAUCGAUUCGAAGUUUCUGGGAAUUGCGCAUGAUCCAGAAUACUCUGCGCUCUAUGGUGUUGGCGUGUCUUUGAAGAAACGAACAAUCGGAAUAUAUGUGUCGUUAUGCGAGCUCAAAUCUUUUAUCCAGCUUAACCGCACUGGAUUUUCCAAGGCAUUGAAGAAAUAUGACAAGACCCUCGAUCGAAAUCUGAGAAGACAAUACAUGGAUUCUACUGUUUUGGUGGCCCUGCCGUUCACGGACUCAACCAUCUCCCAGCUAGACAACACCAUUGCUAGCGUCGAGAGGUUGUACGCCGGGUUCGUUACAGAUGGUGAUUUGGCGCUAUCCAGACGAGAGCUUCGUCUCCAUCUACGGCGAUGA